AUGAAAUCGAAACAACAACAGCCUAUCACGGCUUCCCAUGAUGAGAAUGUGCCUUCCUCUGGGUCCUCAGUCGCCGUGAAAGAAAGUCCUCAAAAGUGUUGGAUCGUUGGAGGAAAAUACCGAGAGACAGUGUGCGAGGAUGAUUCACAGGGAUUUGAAAGUCGGCUAUUACAGGAGGUGGAGAUUGACCUUCCCCUUACUGUGACCAAGCCGACAGAACAUGAUGGUCAGAACUUUAUUGCCCUGGAGUUCGCGGAGAGGGACAAGGAGAAUCCAUUCAAUUGGAGUGGAAAGAGAAAAGCCUUUAUCAGCCUUCUCCUUUGUUUAAUGACACUCUUCAUCGGUCUUGCAACGACAGCAUACAGCUCCGGUAUUUCUCGAAUGACUGAGGACCUGGGUGUCACAUCAGAGUUAGGGCAAUUGGGCCUGUUUACCUUUAACUUCACUUGUGCUCUUGCACCUCUUUUUCUGGCUCCUUUCUGUGAGUUAGCGGGUCGACGAGUCAUAUACGUUGGUGCCUAUGUCUGCUUCGCUCUCAUGUUCAUUGGCCUGUCACUGGGCAAGAACAUUGCCACCAUUUUGAUCUGCCGUGCUCUGCUUGGUCUCUUUGGCUGCGUUGGCACCAUUCUUGUUGGUGGCACUUUCGGAGAUAUGUAUACUCCAGCCCAUCGUGCUAUUCCGAUGGCCUGUUUUGCUUUCGUUGCCAUUUUCGGUACCGUCGCAGCCCCCAUCUACGCGGGCUUCAUCGAUCAUGCUCUCGGCUGGAGAUGGGUUGAGGGCAUUCAGGGUCUGGCCAACAUUCCUUUGGUCAUUGCUAUCACUAUUUGUCUCCCGGAGACUCGCGGUGGCGUGACGCUUAGCAAGCGGGCUAAGAUGAUUCGCCAAUCUACCGGAGAUGAACGCUUCGUCACUCUCAACGAUCUAGAGGCACCCGGCAUCAAGGAGAUGCUGCACAACUCUUCGGUGAAGGCUAUUCAGAUGCUGUUCUCUGAGCCUGUUGUCUUUGCCUUUGGUCUUUGGAUCAGCUUCGCUUGGUUCCUAACCUUCCUAUUUCUCUCUGCUAUUCCUAUUACUUAUCAGGAGAAGCGUGGCUGGGGUGAGGGUCUGUCAGGCCUGCCUUACAUUGCUCUUUGUGUCGGUACAACCAUCGGCUUUGCUCUGAACUUUUUCCAGAUUCGAAAGUAUAAAUCAAUCAUCGCCGACCCGAACAGGGAGGCUCAUCCCGAGGCUCGUCUCUACGGAGCCUUGUGCGGUGCGGUUUGGCUACCCAUCGGCCUUUUCAUCUACAGUUUCACCCAGUAUAAGGAGCUGUUCUGGUUUGGUCCCAUCGUCGGUCUGGUGCUUAUUGCUAUCGGCAUCUUCUUCAUCUUCGAGUCUUGCUACAGCUACACCUCUGACUGCUAUGGUGAGAACUCAUCAUCUGCUAUUGCUGGUCAGGGUUUCAUGCGUAACACGCUCGGUGCUGUGUCUCCCCUUUUUGCCUCGCAGCUCUUCCACAAUCUUGGUAGCCAGUAUGCAGGUCUGCUGCUAGCUCUCAUCGCUACUCUUCUGACAUUAACUCCAUUUGUACUGUUCAAAUUUGGACCCGAUUUGCGGGCAAGAUCCAAGUUGGCUAGCACUACCGUCAGUCUGGGUACAGGCAGUUUAUGA